AUGGUGAUAGUAGUUCGCGUGAUUUAUCCGAGAUUCUCCAAAUCGGCCUUCCGAGGUGGUCUUUCCGGGCUAUCUGCUGCCAAGGAUAUUGCAGCAGCUGGCAAAUCAUUCGCCAUUCUCGAAGCUCGUGAUCGCGUUGGAGGACGUGUACUGAACGUGAACCUCCUGGAUGGUCAGGCAGAAGAGGCCGGGGCAGAGUUUGUGGGCCCCACACAAGAUCGAGUACUUGCACUUGCAGAUUCUCUUGGUUUAACAACAUAUCCAACAUACCGCGAAGGAAAUUGUAGUAUGUUACGAAAUGGAACGUUGACUACCUAUCCGUUUCAACCAUCCUCCAUUCCGCCGCUAAGUACCGAAGUUCUACUCGAACUUCUAUCUUUUCAAUCCGAUCUGAACUCUAUGGCUGCAGGGGUCAGCACCGAAGCGCCCUGGGAUCAUCCCAAUGCCUCUAUUUGGGAUAAUAUGACAGUUGCCACAUAUCUCGAUUCUAAAAUCACUCUUUCCGAUUCCCGCUUCCUGCUAGAAAAUGACAUUACUAGUGUCCUAUCUACAGAACCAAACGAGCCAUCGCUACUUUAUCUGCUCGCCUAUAUAGCCGGUGGUGCAAACAAAAAAACCACAGGCACAAUUGGUCGACUUAUAAAUGUAGCAGAUGGUGCACAGGAAAGCCGAAUAGAUGGUGGAACACAACUUCUCCCUCUCAAGCUUGCAGACGGGCUUGGGUCAAAGAAUAUCCAUCUGAGUAACCCCGUGCGAAAAAUCACGCUUGAAAAUGACCAAUAUACAGUGACUUCAGACAAAAUGCAAAUCUCAACACAACAGGUUAUUGUUGCUAUGUCCCCGCCGAUGGCAGGCCGUAUUUCAUAUUACCCACUACUUCCCGCUGGACGCGAUCAACUUACUCAAAGAAUGGCAAUGGGUGCGAUUGGCAAAGCAAUUGCCAUUUAUCCAUAUCCGUGGUGGCGUAAACUUGGAUUAAAUGUGCAAGGGCUUUCUGACUCUGGAUCGAUCCGAGUUACCUAUGACAACAGCCCGAAAGAAGCUUCAUUCGGCGCUAUCAUGGGCUUUAUAGAGGCUGAUGAGAUGCGGAAGCUGGACGAUUCAGGAGAGAAAAAAGUAAGAGCUCAAGUGAUACAGAGUCUGGUGGGGAUGUUUGGAGAUCAGGCUGCUAACCCAACCCGGGUCAUCAAUCAACGAUGGGAUGCAGAGGAAUUUUCACGUGGAGGGCCAGUAGCGUUUGCCCCGCCUGGUGUACUUACUGAGUAUGGCCCCCAUCUUAAGGCGCCCGUCGGUGGAAUUCACUUUGCUGGGACUGAAACCUCUUUGGAAUGGGCUGGGCAUAUGGAUGGUGCGAUUAGUUCUGGCGAACGAGUGGCGGCCGAGGUUCUCAUGGCCCUUAAAUAA